GCGCCUGAGUGGGCCGGCGGGACGUCAGUCAGGCGCCGAGGGCGAGACCCGGGCGCGCCCGCCCCCUGGCUGGACUAUAAUGUGGCCCCCGCCGGGCUGCAGCCGCCGGGCGGCGGUGGGCGCCUAGGCUGAGAACAUGGACUGCGCCCGCCUAUGGCUAGGGCUGCUGCUGCCUGUGGUAGCUGCGCUGGACUUCAUCUACCACCACCAGGGACAGAUGGAAGCAUUUCUGAAGAAUAUUGCCCAAAACUACAGUUCUGUCACUCACUUGCACAGUAUCGGGAAAUCUGUGAAAGGCAGAAACCUGUGGGUUCUUGUUGUGGGACGCUCUCCAAAGGAACACAGAAUUGGGAUUCCGGAAUUCAAAUACGUGGCAAAUAUGCACGGAGAUGAGUCGGUAGGGCGGGAACUGCUGCUCCAUUUAAUUGAGUAUCUCGUAACCAGUGAUGGAAAAGACCCUGAAAUCACAAAUCUAAUCAACAGUACGAGGAUACACAUCAUGCCUUCAAUGAACCCAGAUGGAUUCGAAGCUGUCCAAAAGCCUGACUGUUUUUACAAUAAGGGAAGGCAUAAUAGUAACUACUAUGACCUGAAUAGAAAUUUCCCCGAUGCUUUCGAAUUUAAUAAUGUAUCAAGGCAGCCUGAAACUGUGGCAGUCAUGAAGUGGCUGAAUACAGAGACGUUUGUCCUCUCUGCAAACCUCCACGGUGGUGCCCUGGUGGCCAGUUACCCGUUUGAUAACGGUGUUCCAGCGACUGGGACAUUAUACUCCCGGAGCUUAACCCCUGAUGACGAUGUUUUUCAAUAUCUUGCACAUACCUACGCUUCAAGAAAUCCCACCAUGAAGGAAAGAAAUCCGUGUAAAGCCAAAUUAGAGUCUCAGAGUGGAAUUAUAAAUGGAUACUUCUGGUAUCCACUCAGAGGUGGAAUGCAAGAUUACAACUACAUCUGGGCCCAGUGUUUUGAAAUUACAUUGGAGCUGUCAUGCUGUAAAUAUCCUCGCACGGAGAUGCUUCCAAGCUUCUGGAACAACAACAAGGACUCGUUGAUUGAAUAUAUAAAACAAGUGCACAUAGGUGUAAAGGGUCAAGUGUUUGAUCACAAUGGGACUCCAUUACCCAAUGUAAUUGUAGAAGUCCAAGACAGAAAACAUAUCUGCCCCUAUAGAACCAACAAAUUCGGAGAGUAUUACCUCCUUCUCUUGCCCGGGUCCUAUGUAAUAGAGGUUAUAGUUCCUGGACACGAUCCACAUCUCACAAAGGUGACUAUUCCCUCAAAAUCCCAGAACUUCAGUGCUCUUAAAAAGGAUAUUUUACUUCCAUUCAGAGAGCAGUUGGAUCAUAUCCCAGAAUCACAUCUUUCAUGUCCCAUGAUUCCUCUUUAUAAAGAUUUGCAAGGCCACUCAGCUGCAACAAAGCCCAGUCUGUUCUUAUUUUUAGUGACUCUUUUUCACAUCUUGUUCAAAUAAAGCAAAAUGUGAAACUCAACCCCCAUCACCACCUGGAAUCAGGGAUUACUCAUGCCAGGUUACUGCAACUCUAACUCCCUCUGUGGGACCCUGACUGGAUAAAUGCCACGGUCCUUCCCUGAAAAGAGGUUCCAGAUCCUGCAACAAGCAAUGAAUGGUAAUAAUGAAAGGAAUGAUUUAGUCUUAAUGAUGGAAGACACCUAGCCAUCGAGUACUGCCCACUUACGCUUAAUCUUGAAGUAGUCUUAGAAAUUUCUAAGAAGUUAAACUUGAGAAGAAAAAAGUUCCUGCAAGAAAAAUAGGAGCUAAUUUUGUAUACAGAGCCAAAUGAAUAUAAGCAAUGAAGAUGAACAUUUGUUGACUACCUACUAUAUACAUGAUCUUGCCACGUGUGCUGUAUGUGAAGAGAGUGCCAUAUGUAUAAUUUUCAGCACAAGAAGAAAUGAUGACAGGACUGAGAAUAUUAAGUUUUGCCAAUGUUCUAAGAAAAUACAAGAAAAAAUAGGCAACCAUGUCUUGGUGGCCCAAGAAAUAUGGGAUGACAAAUUUGUCUACAGAGCCCCCAAAUAAUAGUUCAGUUAAGUAAGGGCCCCUGCCUUUCUGCAGCCGGAUGCCACAGUCCUUUGUUAUGCUGAAGAUCCCUAAAUGCCUGAGCUUCAGACUCAGGUCUGAUUGCCCACUGGAUGCAUCUACCUGGAUCUGACUUACAGAUACCUCCACCUCAUCAUGUUGAAUAUUGAACAUACUGUUCUCCCCAGAGCUGCUCUUCCUCCUGCAUUCUCUGAGUUGCUGACAGCACCAAACUAGAAACCUGGGAGUCACCCGUGACACUUCCUCUUCCUCCUCCAUCCCAUAUAUUCAAUCAGUCACUAAAGAUUGUUAUCUGUGUCAACUGAUUCUACCCUUUCUUCAUGGCUGCUAACAACUGCCAGGUUUAGGCUGUCAUAGCUUACCUGCAACCAUGGCAACAGCUUUCUUGGUCUCUUGCUCCCAGCCUUCCCCUCUUCAGAUCCAUCCUCCUCACAGCACUGGAGAAAGGAGUCUAUUUAAAACAAAAAUCAACUAUCAACUGCUUGUAAUUCCUACACACAUAACAGGCUGUGUGUGUCUGGAAUGCCAUUCUGACCAACUACCUUUUCUUUCCCACUCCUUUGAAACUUGGUUAAGGUAUCAACUCCUCUGGGAGACCUUUGCUGACCAUUGUCCCAUUCCACCCAGUUUCAUCUCCUCCUGUCAAUCUGGGGGCCCCACCUCUUUGCUUCCCCAAUUAAACAGGUUACCUCUAUUAUGGGAUUUACAACACUGUAUUAUGAUCUUCUACUUCCAUGUGUGAUUUUUUCUCUAGUAGAGUGUGAGGUCUUUGAGGCCAGGGUCUGUUUAAUUUGUUUGAAAAACUUACUUUUUUUAAUCCUCAGAUCCUAGCACAUGGUGGGACCUGAAUGAAUGAACAAAGGUUUCUAGCAACUUGCUACUGUUAAAACAUUGUAAGAAUUGGGGGGGGGGCAUUAAACAAAAAAAUAGCAACUGGGGUAAGUAGAUUUCUGAAUGCUGUGUACUGCUCAUAGAAAGUGAGUUGCUUUGGCUCUUAUUUUAAAUUGAAAGUUCUAUGGGAUCUGGAAACAAAAACUAUACUGGGCUUGGUACAUGCUUGGGAACCACAUCUGAAAAAGAGAUACAUGGGCAUUUAGGAGCUAUUCCUGUGCCAGGUUUAUUCUACAUGCAUAAAAUCACACAUGUUAAUACAAGCAAAAUUUGUUAACUUCUUUUAAAUCUGGUAAUAACCUGAAUAUCUUGAUCAUUUUUAUUUAAAUAAGCAGUAGUUUAUUAUACACUGGAAAGUAUACAUUAAUAUAAUAUUGCAGAAAACUAUUUUGGUAUAUUACAUGUAAAAGUACCUAAAACUCAACUUGAUAUACCAUCAAGUCCUAAACAAUUUUCUAUCCAGUAUUCUAACUUUUCCUUUUCUAAGACAGCAAUUUUUGAAGGGAAAUGAACCAAAAUCUGAUUUGGUUCAUGAGCCUUAAUGUAAAUUUCUUAAGAGAAUGUUUUUAAAGUCAGAAAUUUUUAUCAGAAUCAAACUUAAAACCAUUUAGAGGUAAGCAGAACAAUU